AUGCUCAUGCCCAGCUGUGCAGUAUUUACGAGCUGUUGUGUUGAAAGAGAGAGUAGAGUAACAAAAACGGAAUCACUAGUGUUGAAGACGGCGACACAGAGAUUAUUACCUCCGUGGUUGUGUGCACGUUAUGGGUACUUGAGUGCUGGAAUGAUGUGUGCCCGAAGUCCCUACCCCAAUGAGAGCCCUUCUUCAGGUGAUUCAGGCAGUGCACUCAUCACAGACGAUUUUCAACAAAUAGGACUGGUAUCUUUUAUAUUCUCAGAUUAUCCAAACACGCCUAUCUACACAAAUGUAUCCUAUUACUACGACUGGAUAACAAGAAAAUCUCUUAUAUUAUAUUGUGGUUAA